AUGAACGUUGGUUCAGCUAGUGACCCAAUAGAUUUAACACGUGACGAAUAUGAUAUCUCACCAAUAAAGGUCUUCGAUAGUACACGAAUGCCUUCAAACCGCUCUUUAGAACCCACCGAUGUGCCCUCGACCUCGAUACCGUCUCUCACUAUCGAUGGCCCCGUCGUCGUCCAACCGGUUCGAACGCAAACUAUCCAUGAUCCGCUCCAGCUGGCUUACAUUCCUCCCUCCCACAUGUACACGAAAUCCGAUGGCCCUUCGGACCACCCGUACCGGUCGUAUGACUUGGCCCUAGAUCAAAAGUUGAUCCUUCCUCAACAACGUAAGAGGGAGGUAUUUCCAUGGAAUUUCAGCAUGAGUAAUAGGUUCGAGAUCAGAAACGGAAAGACCAUUCUCAAAGCUGAAAUGGCCAGAUUACAUGUCACUGGGGAACCACCUUCGGCACAAAGUGAUAUCGAUUCGACGGUUACAUCAGUCGUCGACAUGACAUUGCCGCCGUCCGUUUCUGGAGAAAUGGUAAUCAAUCCCACUCAUAAUCCCGAAGGGUCGGUAGAACGACAAUACGGUCUGAACGCGGUCUCCUCAUCAGUUCGAUAUUCUCGUGAAGUGAGAAUCAGUCGUGGUAUCACCCGCUGGAAGUCGGAACAAGCCAAAGAAGCACUUCAUCAUCCCUAUGCCCGGAGAGGGACGGACGAGGAUGUCAGAUCUUCCCGGAAGACCAUCACACGGGAAAAUCUUGGGGAUCCAACCAUGCAUCUCACUCAAAAGGAGAAUUGCCAAGAUUCGUUCGCUCCGCUCAGUCAAAAUAAGUCAACACCCCAGGUCAUUCACCAGAAUCGUCCGAUGACACCUAUUACUACAUCCCAAACACAAUGUUCACCAUUUCAGCAGGCUACUGACAAUCUCCUAGAACCACUUGAAGAACCACCAAGUGGUUCUACUCCAAAAUCACCCCGUACUUCCGGACCGUCUAAGAACAUAGGUGAUGCUAUCAUGACGAUGUCAUGUGAUACCUCAAAAGAAGUGACAACCGAGUUACCCGCGAACGACCCCACGAUCGUCCUGUCUCACGUUGCUACCCCUUCCACAAACUUGACACGUAAUGCUGCGUCUUUGUCAAAUCCAAUUGAUCCACCAAAUCUUUACCCGGAAUUAGAGAACCUACUCAAUAAUUUACCCUUCGAAAUGCGACCAACGACCAGGAUGAGUACGAUUUUCUCUUCUUUCAGAAGACAUCCAGAAUCACGUACAAAAAGCCUUAACUCCCCGCUUUUCUAUUACACAUUCCAUCCCAAAAUUUCGGUGGAAGGGCAAAUUUGUGACACUGGACCUGCGAGAAGCGCACGGAGAGAUCAACGGUCUAACUGGAUUAACCAGGUGUACCUUGCUUAUGUAGUGAGACAAACUAUGGAAGUGGUGGAUAUAGUGGGAGAAAAGAAGAUUUCACAGGAGGGUUUGAAAAAAUGUACUUAUGUCGAAAAGGAGAAAUAUGGUUUGGGUCAUUUGUUCACACCUGAAGAAGGAAUGAAAAGUUUGGAUGACGCCCUGAGGAGCUGGACAGCGGGUCAGCUGAGAGGAUUCGUUUCGGAUCACUUCCCGGUCAAGUUCCGCCUAUCCACCAAUGGUGCCCUGGUCUCGGAAGCUCCAUAUGACCUUAGACGAGGGGAGGAGAAGAGGGAAAAGACAUCCACACGCAUCUCCGAAGCGAGUGGCAUAAUCGACAUGAAAGGAUGCGGAGGAGAAAACGGUCAACCGGUUUGA